CUUCCUUCUGUGUCUGUUCUGUCAAAGUCGACUCCUUUUUUCGUUUGCUCAUUUUGAGAUAAGAGAGAGAAAAUGCAGAGAUUGAGAUCUCAGUCACUAAUUAAGCCUCUCUUAGAGAGCAGGCUACGAGGGUAUUGCACGAGCUCCUCCGAAAAGAUCGUAGCUUCGGUGCUUUUCGAGAGAUUACGCGUUGUCAUACCAAAACCAGAUCCUGCUGUCUACGCUUUUCAGGAGUUCAAAUUCAAUUGGGAACAGCAGUUUCGUCGUAGAUACCCAGAUGAGUUCUUGGACAUUGCUAAGAACAGAGCCAAGGGUGAAUAUCAAAUGGAUUAUGUGCCUGCUCCUAGAAUCACAGAGGCUGACAAGAAUAACGAUAGGAAGUCAUUAUAUAGAGCUCUUGACAAAAAGUUGUAUCUUCUCAUCUUCGGCAAGCCAUUUGGAGCUACAAGUGACAAACCUGUCUGGCAUUUCCCUGAAAAAGUGUAUGAUUCUGAGCCAACACUUCGCAAGUGUGCUGAAUCUGCUUUGAAGUCAGUCUUAGGAGACCUGACUCACACAUACUUUGUUGGAAAUGCUCCCAUGGCUCACAUGGCUAUACAACCUACGGAAGAAACACCUGAUUUGCCAUCUUACAAGAGGUUCUUCUUCAAAUGCAGUGUAGUAGCAGCAUCGAAGUACAACAUAAGUAACUGCGAGGACUUUGUGUGGGUAACCAAAGAUGAGCUUUUGGAAUUCUUCCCUGAGCAAGCUGAGUUCUUCAACAAGAUGAUCAUUAGCUGAGACUGAGAGUCGCUCACACCACCAAAUAAAAACUCCUUUUUUUCUUUCCUUCUGGUUGUCCUGAGGAAGAUAGAAAGACUUUUUAAGACAUUACAUAUGGUGUAUGAAAGUCUUUGUAAUAACUAGACCCAAAUCAUGUCUUUGUUUUUUAGUCACACACAUGUGGUGUGAGGUUAGACGAAUAAUUUCUUUUCGUUGACGGCAAAUGGUAGUUGAUUGGC